AGCUGUCAACGACCUCGACCAGCCCGACGGCCACCGACGGCUGUCGCACUUUUGACGUUUACACUCGUAGAAGACGGAAGUCUCGUCGUUACGGUGGAAUUUUCUGCUCGUUUAACGGAGCAUCGAUACCAUGGAGGCCGUCCCGAGAUUGCCGAUGAUGUCGUUUCAGCUGAGGACGAGCCUCGAGUCGCCGUCCUUCGGUCCAAAACUUAAACAGUACAUUCGGGACUUUUACAAUGAGGACCCUGAGAGCUACAACUACGAGAUACACCAGUUGGAAAGCUUGAGAGCGAUGGCCACGAGACCUCCUAUCGACGUGACCGGAGCGGCGCUUCUGAAGAAGUACUACUGUCAGUUGCAUUUCCUGCAAAGCAGAUUUCCUAUGGAGAAGGACGGAGCAGCUGCCGUUACGUUUUCAUGGAGAGAUUCGUAUGUCCAUGUAGAAAAUUCUCUACCCAGUAUUCGUUUCGAGAUCAGUACGAUUUUAUAUAAUAUCGGUGCUAUCCAUACUCAACUUGGAGCAUGCACUGAAAGGACCACUGCGGAUGGCAUGAAAAUGGCGUGUGCACAUUUCCAAUGCGCCGCAUGGGCGUUUGAGCAUUUAAAGAACAGCUAUCCGCAAUUACCGGAGGCAGACUUUCCUCCAGAAUUCAUGAGUUUUCUACAGAACCUGUGCUUGGCUCAAGCGCAGGAAUGCAUCCUAGAAAAAAGCAUGCUCGACAAUCGAAAGCCUACGAUCGUGGCGAAAGUAGCGCGUCAAAUAGUGGAUUACUACGGCUUGGCUUUAAAUACUCUGGAACAGAACGGUGGAGUGGACAAUGUAGUAGUGGACAUGGUGGGAGCAAAAUGUUGCAAGCACUGGCGACGGUACGUGAAGUUUAAAAGAGCAUACCACUUAGCCGUCACACAACUUUAUCAAGGCCUCGCAGCGGAGGAGCAGCAGAAGAUGGGUGAAAGAGUUGCAUUCUACAACGCAGCUUUGGCAGCUUUGAACGAAGCACGAUCUCUAUAUACAAGCGGAAAAGGAAACAUGGGCAUUACGAGUUUUGCUGGAGAAAUGGAAACGAUAGAAGAGGCGCUGACUUUCACGAAUGAUGUCAUCGAGGGGAAACGGAAGGCUGCCAAAAACGAGAACGAGUUCAUUUACCACGAAGAGGUCCCUGACAAAGACGUUUUACCUACAGUUAAGGGAGCAUCCCUCGUCAAAGGGAUCUCCUUCAGUGUCAACGAUCCAGAAGUCUCGGGGCCAGAUAUAUUCGCCAGGUUGGUGCCCAUGAAGGUCCACGAGGCCAGUUCCCUGUACUCCGAGGAGAAGGCCAAGAUAUUGCGUUCCAUCGGAGCGAAAAUAGAGGAACGAGAUCAGCAGCUGAACAUGUACCUGGCGUCCUUGAAGCUGGACCACCUGAGUCUCUGGGAUCCUGAUGGAAGAAGCACCGAUGCGAAUUCUCUGCCACUACCUGAAGAGCUGGCCGAGAGGUGUGCAGCUCUGAACGCCAAGUCGAACGCGAUUCAAGAUUUGGUAGACGCCAUGGGGAAACUGGCGGACACUUAUCACGACGUCGAGGGGAUGUUGGAAGAGAUCGAGCACCUUUUGAACGAGGAACGACGAAGAGAGAAGUUGUACCAGGAGACGAUGGGAAAGAGGCCCCCGUCCAUAGUGGCGACCGACUUGACCAGGGAGGCGAAAAAGUACGAAGAAGCACAUGCGAAGGCUUCCGAGAGCAAUCAGGCAUUGCAUCGAGCUAUGACUUUGCACGUCACCAAUCUGCGAAUCCUCGCUCGCCCGUUGUCGGAACUGAUAGCGCAUAUUCCGUCGCCGAAAUCUCAUUUCCCAGCAAAAGCGGAGGAAGGGCGGAAGGCCGACAGCGAAGGCGAAGCUGUCCACACUCGAGAGCUGAAACGCAUCCUGGGGAAGGUGGACGAGAUGCGUCGUCAACGGAACGAAUUGUACACGCAGCUGAGAGAAGCGAUAGCCCAGGACGACCUGACGAGGAUCCUGGUGACCGCGACCGCCGAGUCGGUAUCCUUGGAUCAGCUGUUCGCCGAGCAAAUUAACAAGCACCAGUCGGUGGUGAGCCUGAUAGAGCAGAACCUAUCCGCCCAGGACAACAUCCUGGCAGCGCUAACAGACGCAUACGCGCACACAGCAGAGACGCGAAAAACGGUGGACGAGAUCCUGAAGAGGCGGGAGCUGAUGAUAAACUCAUUGAUAUCCUCGUACGACGCGUACGAGGACCUGUUGGCCAAGUCCAGCAAGGGCCUGGAGUUCUACAGGAAGCUGGGGACGAAUGUGUCGAAGCUGCUGUUAAGAGUGAGGAGCACCUGCAAGGUGCAGGAGGAGGAGCGCGAGCAGAUCCUGGCGAGGAACGAGAAGGGGUCGUACAACGCCGGGGAAACUGCAGCGGUGGAGGUCCCCGGAGGUGAGCCGCCCAGUGCAGGGUCCAGCGGGGGUCUGAAGCUGCGGGACUACUUGAUGAGCAGGCAGAAGAACGUCCCCGGGUAUCAGAAUCAGCAGACGGAGCCGUCGAUAGCCGCGCAACCGGAUGCCGGAUCCUCGAUAAAGGUUAGAGCGAACCCCAUGGCCAACGAUCCCGGGCCUGGGCUUCCAGUACCCGGGUCUACCGGCGAAACACCGGUGAACGAUCCAGCCAGUUCCUAUGGGUAUUACCCAAGAGGCUACACGGAGUACUACCCGGGUCAGCAGGUCGGGUACGGGAGUUACACCUACGGGGAGGCGGUGAACACAGGCGGCAGUUUAAGUCAGAGUUUCCCGAAGACCGGGACCACCGACACCACCAGCAUGUACCACCAGGCGGGGCCUGGGGGUACGUGCUCCACCAGGGAAGUCUCCAGCGGAGCCGAGCAGUACGCAGGGUACGGAGCCUUCACCAACGGCCAGGUUGCUCAUUCCUACGAGAGCAAUGAUCAGUCGCAAUACUCUUUGCGGUACAACACCGGUGCAUCGUACUCUCAGUAUGGGGAGUACCGCGUCCCCCAGGAGGCCCAGGGGUACCAGGGUCUGACCACCUUGCCUCGCCCCAGCUCCACCUCGGGGUACCAGAGCCCCUCCCCUCAGCACAGCGCGAACACCUCGACGCAGUACCAGGCGAACAUCAUCCAGGCGGCGCAGAACCUCUUCACCGAGGCCGACAGGAAUCGCGCGCAGCAGGCUGGGUCGCAGGUGUCUGCGACGGGGUUUUCAAAUCCGCAGAGCGAAGAGACCCAGGCGAGUCGAAGUCAGCCCCAGCCUCAGCUGACCGGGUCCAGUGUGCAACCACGCCAGGGUACCGCCUUCUCUCGGGUCGCUGUGUCCGGACAUGACGCGUUAGGGCACUCUUAUCAAGCUCCUCAGCAUCCUCCUCAGCAUACGCCGAUAGCGCAAGUGGCCAACAACGUGCCCGCGCAGAGCUACCCAUCCCCUGGACCAGCUGGGACCGUUGACAUGCAGACGUCCUCAGGGAUGCACGGCCAGAUGCAGGGCCAACUCCCGGUGCAGACGUUGCAGACCUUGCAGCCCCUGCAGGCGCAGCAGGACGGAGUCGCUGCCGGGGGUCACUACGUUCUGCAGGACCAGUACAUGCGGAACCAAGCCGGGAUCCUCCCCACUGAUGGCACCAUCCACGGGUCGUACCCUGUAACAGCACCCAACGUGGUUGCUUCCGACGCGGCGUCGUAUUAUGCGUCGACCUUGCCCACGUCCAACGUGGCUGGCUAUGUCGACCAGCAGAUGUACCCUGAAGGAGUGGCUACAGCUCCUGGAGGCUCCCAGAUGAUCCCCGGCCAGGUGGGUCAGAGCUAUCCGGGGUCUUAUGGGAGUUAUCAGCAGAACUCCUCUGCCCAUGGGUACCAACAGGUCGGGAUGGGUGGAGCUACCACUCAGAGCUAUCCCCAGGUCAACUACUCCAACGACUCGGAGAUGAUCCAGAGCCAUGCCAAGUCCAGCUCUAUGCAAGCGUACACCCAGGGGUACCAGUACCCUCUUCAGGGUCAUUACUCUGGGGUAAUGCAGUACCCAGGAUAUCAGCAGGCUUACGCCACCGGGUAUGCCGGAAAUCAGGGAGCUGAUGGAGGGGUUGUUCCUGAUUCUUAUAAAGGACACCCUGGGUAUGCCUAUGACCCCGCGGUCGGCGGGUACCAGUACAGCUCUGGGUACCAGGAUUCUAGGACCUCGAAUGUCCAGAGGACUCCUGAAGCUGAGCCUGUUGUUCAGCACGAUGUUGCUGGGGGCACUUAUCAGGUCCAGGAUGCUGCUGCUAUGUACACUAACGCGAACAUGAGCGUUGCUACCAGCCAGGUUUCCUCCUCGCAGUACUCUGGGCAAAGUUAUCAGGUGCAACCGAGCAGUCAGGCGUAUUAUGCAGCUCAGUACGGCCUGCAGGUCCAAGGACAAGGUUCCAUCGUGAACGACGCAAACCAAAGUGGACUCAACCAAACCUACAUGCAAGCCUCGAACAACGAGACCAACACCACCAGCUCCGCUCCGGAGAAGGCAGAGGACUCUGAAGAGUCCACCAAAGCGACCAAGCCAAAGUCAAAUGUCGACCUGCUGUCUGACCUGGACGUGACCAUAAACCAUGCACCUCUCGUUCCAGAAGUUCAGUCCAACGAGAAGCCGCGGAAACAGGUGGAGAACGGAAACGUGGUGCCAGGAGAGAACGUCUCUCAGCGGAACGAGGAGAAGGAACCAGGAACCACCGCGAUCAAGACUGAAGACAGAAGCGAGAACCUCCAGAUUGUAUGGGACACCUGGUACCUGGACGUACAGCCAAAGAAGGACCCCCUGGGAGACCCGGUGGUCCUGCAAAAGUUCGCCAAGGACAUCGAGAAGUACGAGAAAUUCGUCGACGGGCUGCUCGUCAAGACGCUCAGCGGCGCUACCAAUCUCGACAUCAAGUGGAAGGAGGUCCACGACUUCCAGGAACGGGAAGACAAGAAGCAGUCGACCAAUGUUGCUUUGGCGCAUUCCAGCGAGAACAGAAUCACCGAGUGCAUUCCCUACGACUCCAGCAGGGUUGAAUUGUCGUCCUUGAAGGCCUCAUCGAGUUAUAUAAACGCCUCUCAUGUCAAGGACGUCACUCAGUGGACUCCUGCGGCCUUCAUCGUCACCCAAGCGCCCCUGGUGGAGACCAUGGAAGCUUUUUGGACGAUGAUCUGGGAACAAGGCAGCGAAGUGAUCGCCUGCCUGGCUUCCGACUCCCAGCUGGGAGCAGACGUCUAUUGGCCGAUCGAGGAGGAGCAGAGCUUGACCAUCGGCAGUUACCGGUUGUCCCUGAAGAACCGAAUCAACCAUGCGAGUUACAUCCAAAGGAUCAUCUCCAUAAACCACAACGACAGCAAAAGCGAGCGAGUAGUCGUCCUCAUGCAGUUCGUGGCUUGGCCUGCAAGCGGUUUCCCGAGCAGUCCUGGCCCGCUGUUGACCUUCACGACGGACGUCAUGUCUGAACAAGCCUUACGGCGAUGUUCGCCAAAGCCGAUUGUCGUUCAUUGUUUGGGAGGUGGCUCUCUUAGUGGACUUUUCUUGCUGGCCGCCACAACCGUGUGCCAUGUCCGAGCUGGAAGAGGCGUAGUCGAUGUGCCUCUCGUCUUCUCGAGCCUCGUCAAGUUCCGCAGGUGUCUCAUCGACAAGGAGUCCUUGUUGUUCGGUUACCGAAUGGUCCUCUACCAUGCUCAGGAUGCUCUACUGAAGCGUGGCAUCUUAUCAUCUUCGCAGUCCACCUUUGAGUGCUUCGGAGGGAUGAAAGGUAGCAAAGGGAAGGCGCCGAGGCAGUGUCACCCCUCCGAUGACUUCCUCCAAAAUCUGGGUGGCAGCCAAGUGGGACCAGUGGGAGCGAGCAUCAGUCAAUCGACCCCAUCGAACAAUCCCCAGGAGAAGGACGACGUGAAGGCAGUCGAUCCACUGAGUCAGCUGGACCCUUUGUGGUCCAUCAGAAGAUAGUCGGCCAUCCUCACCUACCGAAUUAAUGUACAUUACCCUUAUUCCAUUACUCUCGCGGCGAGGGCCGCCCUUUGCGAGCUGUUCGAGCCGCCUCGCGAAGGGCUUCUGCGAGCCGAUCGAGGCAAGUUACCCCUAAUUUUAAGGGCGGUUCGCAUCUGGCUUCGACAAGUCCUCCAUCAGGUUCCUGGUAAGCCUGGUGCGAGUCUCGGCCUCGCCUCUUCCAUCGCUCGCCAUUGGAAGCCGACCCAAGAAGACGGAAGAGAGAAGACGACGCCAUCGCGCGCUUUCUUCCACGACCCUGAAGAGAGCGAGGGCCACUUGCUUUUACAUACAUGUUUUAGAACUAAAUUAUUUAGGAUUUUAUUUCCUACGUCGGGCGCCACGUCUCCGGGUUAAAAAGGAGUUAAGGGCGGGUGAAAGUGCCAUCCUAGGGAUCGAUCGUUAAGGACAUUAUCUCCGAGCUGGGGGUACCGAAUCGCUUCAAACUUCACAACGUGAUUGUAGAGGCUUUAAAGAAGGUUCCGAACCCAUGGAAUUUCUUACGAACAAAUUAUUAAAUGUCUAUAAGUGUUUAAAAAUUGAAAUUUCAAGGGGGUCAGGAUCUUCCUUACGGCCUCCACAUUCACAUUGUCAAGCUGGAAACGAUUCGGUGCACACAGUUUGGAGGAAAGUCUUAUAAAUACUUUGACGUUUCGCAUAUAUUGGAUGGCCCUUUCAUAUCACCUUAAGGCUUUUUGUGUGCAUGCCGAAGACGAAACGUGGACCCCGAAGAGAAAGAACUCGCUGGAAACUGUUCCGAGGAUCACUGUUAACGUGACUAUGGCUAUGUUAAUCAAAGACGCGGUGAACGAUAAAGAUUGAUUUCCUAGCGGUCCUUGAAACUUGCGAAUUAGGCCUGAGAUGUCGCCACUGCGUGCGACCGCGGCGCCGCCUCGCGGAGGAAAAGGGAAGCGCAGUUCUUCGUACGGAGGACCGGGAUUGUUUUUCUACCGUGUAAUCGCGAGAUUAGCUAUCAAACGUGUUUCACUGUAUCGGAUUCCAGGAGCGAUUAUAUGUAAUCCAUACCUUUAUUCCGAAGCAAAUAAAAGUAGUAAUUCUCACGUUGCA